ACGAACUCAUUUUCUUGUUAUAACAAUUCUUCCGCUGCUAAUAAAACAUGGUAUUCUGUCGUAGUGCGUCGGUCGCUUCUUGUAAUGGAAGGAUGUAUCGCGUAGACAAGCUGAGAGAACCUCGUCAAAUCGUGGCUGGAUAUAUUUUACCGGUUUUAUUAUUGAUACAAUGUUUCAGUUUAUCAGUCGAGGCUGGCAACACAAAUAUAAACGGGAAAAGCGAAUCAUCAUCCUCACCAGAUUUUAAAAUUCCUCUCUGUUCAAAUUUGCUGCUGGGACAAUAUGUCUGUGAUGAACCAAUCAUUGAUUCAAAAACACAACAAGCCAAGAACUGUGACCAAGACACAAGAACUGUUGUUGUGACAUGUCGAACAGCUCCAAAUAUUACGUGUCGUGGAGAAUCAAAGAAUGAAUCACAGAAAUUCACAAGACACCUACCCUGUAAAUGGACAAAUGGUCACUCAUUUGAAACAGCUUUACUGUUAUCAAUAUUCCUUGGUAUGUUUGGAGUUGACAGAUUUUAUCUUGGUUACCCUGCUAUUGGGCUGCUGAAAUUCUCAACUCUGGGAUUUAUGUUCCUCGGACAACUAAUUGACAUCUUAUUAAUUGCUACCCAGGUUGUGAAACCAGCUGAUGGAUCUGACUAUGUCAUUGACUAUUAUGGAGCUGUUUUGACCAGACUAUCAAUGGAUAAUGAGACUUAUAUCAAACCACCAAAUUACUAAUGAACAUUAACGACCUCAACUUUCCUUGAUCUCUUCAUUGACAGUGUUGAGAAAGCAUUAUCCACUGUUGCGUUUUGACACUUAUGCUAUCAUACAUGAUGAUGUGAUGUUACUUGUAUAAAGGUGCAGAUAGAACCA